AUGGACAAGCUUGCAAUCACUCGAGAGCUCAUUAGGAAGCGUGCCAGAAUCGGUAACAAGUGUGACGCGCCGCCUCUGGAUCGAACGCGAUCCCCGACGUCCGUGGACAUCGCGUCGUUACCGGUCGAGAUCGUCUACGAAAUUCUUUCCUAUCUCACGUACAAAGAGCUACGCGCCGUCAGACGGGUAUCAGUGUUCUUCGAGCGGGUCGCCAGCGACCCGUUUCUGUGGCGAACUUACGAGGUGACGAACAAUGAACAGGACACGUUCGAGGUGCUAAACGAGCUGAAGAGGAUGCCGCUAUUGAAGAAGCUCACCAUAAGCUUUCGACCGGACUGCGACGAUAUCCUGCGGCAGCUCUCGGUGGCGAACAAGAGCCUAGAGGAAUUGCACGUCUCUAAUUGCACAGGCUCGACGUCUAAAUUGUAUCUACGCUCGAGCAACCUAUGCCACGUGCUGGAGAGGUGCCGGAGUUUGCACACGAUCAAUAUACUCGGGAGCAGAUUUCGCGGACAGAAAUUCUAUCGGCUGCUAGGUGAGAUGGGCCCACGGCUGAGGACCGUUCACACGCUCGCGACCGGGCUGCAGUUCUGCACGUUCAUCGAGCACGCCAGUCAGAUCAGCGAGGACGAUCGCGAGGCGAUCCGGUCAAAGUGUAUCGGGGCGAAAAAUUGGGCGCCCUUGUACUACUUCGUCACGGAACAGGCGGACCGGGUGUGCACGGCCCUGAUCAGCUAUCUCCACAGCAACGUCGUGCUGAUCGACACGAAUCGAUCGACCUGCAAACUCUCUACUGCGUAG